UUGGCGCGGCCAGGGAGGCGGUGGCACGUGCGGGCGGGGGCGAUGCGUCACUGAUCGGAACAAGCAUGAAUAUGACUCAAGCCCGGGUUCUGGUGGCUGCAGCGGUGGGUCUGGUGGUGGUCUUCCUCUACGCCUCCAUCCACAAGAUCGAGGAGGGACACCUGGCCGUGUACUACAGGGGAGGAGCUUUACUAACUAGCCCCAGUGGACCAGGCUAUCAUAUCAUGUUGCCUUUCAUUACUACGUUCAGAUCUGUGCAGACAACACUACAAACUGAUGAAGUUAAAAAUGUGCCUUGUGGAACAAGUGGUGGGGUCAUGAUCUAUAUUGACCGAAUAGAAGUUGUUAAUAUGUUGGCUCCUUUUGCAGUGUUUGAUAUUGUGAGGAACUACACUGCAGAUUAUGACAAGACCUUAAUCUUCAAUAAAAUCCACCAUGAACUGAACCAGUUUUGCAGUGCCCACACACUUCAAGAAGUUUACAUUGAAUUGUUUGAUCAAAUAGAUGAAAACCUGAAGCAAGCUCUGCAGAAAGAUUUAAACGUCAUGGCCCCAGGCCUCACUAUACAGGCUGUGCGUGUAACAAAACCCAAAAUCCCAGAAGCCAUAAGAAGAAAUUUUGAGUUAAUGGAGGCUGAGAAGACAAAACUUCUUAUAGCUGCACAAAAACAAAAGGUUGUGGAGAAAGAAGCUGAGACAGAGAGGAAAAAAGCUGUUAUAGAAGCAGAGAAGGUUGCACAAGUGGCAAAAAUUCGGUUUCAGCAAAAGGUGAUGGAGAAAGAAACUGAAAAGCGCAUUUCUGAAAUUGAAGAUGCUGCGUUCCUGGCCCGAGAGAAAGCAAAAGCAGAUGCUGAGUACUACGCUGCACACAAAUAUGCCACCUCAAACAAGCACAAAUUGACCCCGGAAUAUCUGGAGCUCAAAAGGUACCAGGCCAUUGCUUCUAACAGUAAGAUCUACUUUGGCAGCAACAUCCCUAGCAUGUUCGUGGACUCCUCUUGUGCUUUGAAAUAUUCAGACCUCAGGACUGGAAGAAAAAGCUCUCUCCCCUCUAAGGAGGCUGUUGAGCCCUCUGGGGAGAGCCCCAUCCAAAACAAAGAAAGCACAGGUUGAUGCAAGAGGUAGAAAUGUUCUACCAUAUCAGUAUGUGACCCAAGGGUUUAAAUGGGAACAAUGGUUAUACAACUCUUCAGAUUUACCGAGAACUUGCGCGCCGUCUGUUCUGCCUCUCCUGUGGUAGUCCUGGUUUAUCAACUGAUUGCAGGAUAGAGCCAGCUGUCUGGCACCCAAAUGGUCUUGUCAGCCACAGUUUUAUCAAUUAUCCUGUAUGUGUUCUUUUCUAAACUGGUAUUUGUGAAUGAGGGAAAGUCUGAUGCUAAGAUACUGCCUGCACUGGAAUGUUAAACACUAAAUACAUAACAAGCUGUGUUUUUCUAAGCUGACGUAUAUUGAAUAAUGUUUACAUUGGCCCCCGGGGGAAUGUGUACUCAGCCAUUCAAGAGACACCAGAAAGAAGGUGCCAGAUAUGGUAAAUGUGAAGAAGACUGGCCACAGCUGGACCCAGGAGCUCUUUGGGAUCUAGUACCAGCCUUCACUCAUGUGAUUAACAUCUAGUCUGCUGAAGUUCCCCAGGAAUUGAUCUUCCACUUGAGCAACCAUUUACUUGAUAUGAUUUGCACCUUUUGUUUUCCUAUGGUCAGGUCGGUGGCCUGCUGGGAAAUGCCCCCUGCCACCUAACCAGAGAUUCCUCAUAGAACUCGCGAAUCACUAGUUUACUACAUUAGUAGGCUCAGAGAGAACUUGGUUGAAGUUUUGGGUGAGAGGAAACCUUUACUUUGAACCAAACCUCUGGGACCCUGCAUUCCCCUUCGCUGGGUGAUGACUGACUGUGUUACCGCCCCAGGCCAAGUGUGACUAAGGGGCCUGGUUUUUAGUCCACGGACAACUUCUUAUAUGUCACCUCUUAGCUCUGGCUGGCCAAGAGCAGGACAGAGCUUUAUCCAGAAAGAGGAGCCGCAUGCAGUUCCUAGCUGUUCACUGCACAGUAUUGUGUCAUAGUUGCAGGAAGUUUUUAUUUUUAAAACUGGAUUUGGGGUACAUUCAUUUGCCCCACCACCUCUGCCUAAAGGUGAAAUCCUAGGGCUGUCAUGGUUACUAGCACACAGAUUUCUCCUUAAUAUUGUUCAUCAGGCACCCACGUAGUAUAGAACAAAGAAUAACUUGGAAAGCAUCCCUGGUCAUUUUUUUGUUUGCUUUCUUGGCACUGAGAUACUGAAAUCAAAAUUGGUUUUUUUUUUUUUCAACUUUCACCUUCCCUAGGAAAUCAGAAAUCCACUAGCUCCUGGCAGCCAGUGGAUCGAAUCUUCCAUGUGAGGAUGACAGAGAUAGUCUGUGGCUGUGGGAGACCUCUUUUAUCUGGACCCUUUUCCAUUAAGAUAAACUUCCCGAAAUAGUGUGUGCCAUAGUUAGACCUGAGUUUGUGCAGCUGGGUAAGACACCUUAUGUAUGCACUAUGUGGAGGGGAGACAGAAGACAUGGGACCACGUCCAGGAGCCUUCAGCUGACUGUCAGUCAGUGCUGUCAGUCUCAAAACAGCGUAUGGGUUGUGCCAAACACUAUUUGGGGAAAGCCCUGACUUGAAUGGGUCUUUUCCCUGGGCCUUAUACUAUAGAAGCAUUUGUAAUACAGAGAGAAUCAUUUUUUGUUUUGGCUCAUUUAAUUGUACACAUUUUCUUUAUGAAUGCAUUUUGUGUUCUCUAGCCCUCCUUAAAAGAACUUUUUGAACUAUCAAAACUCUUCACCUGUCAUUUUGUUGCUGCAGAUAAAAAAUUAUUAUUGUGGGAUGUCUGGAUCAUUGCCCUUUGUGCUUUUAUUCCUAAAGAUGUUUCCUGUUCAUGCGAGCUAAAAGUGUUUGCCCCAAUGUGCUGGGUGUGGGGUUUCUAACAAACCACAAGCCCUGGUGGCAGAGUUGAGGAGCAGGGGGAUAAAGUACUUCCGCGUGGACUCCCCACGGAGAGUGCUGCCCUGUGCUCGCUCAGUGAGCUCCAAGCCUAUCCCUCCUUCAGGGAUGUCCCUUUUGGCAAAUAUACACUGUAAUCUUGAGGUCUAAAUUUAUAUGUGAAAUGCUACCUUUUUUAAAAAGAAACUAAAUAAAAUUAUUUUA